AUGCCUCCCCCGGGAUUUGGGGAGGCAGCUCAAGGAGGUGUAGAUACAGCUGCGCUCAGCGAAGGCGCGUCAGCAGCAGCAGCAGCAGCUGCUGCUGCUGCUGCAGCAGCAGCAGCAGAAGCUGCAGCGGAAGCAGCAGCAGCAGCAGCUAGCGACGGCCAUCUUGAGAGUGAAAGUGACGCUCUUCUGCAGGAAUGCAGCGAAACGGAGAAGCAGCAGCAGCUGCUGCUGCAGCAGGAUGGGACGUUGCUGCAGCAGCAGCUGCUGCAGCAGCACCCGACGUUACUGGAGCAGCAGAUGCUGCAGCAGCAGCUGCUGCUGAAGCUGCAACAACAGCAGCUGCAGCCAGACGACAGCAACAGCAGCAAGACGAGCAGCAACAGCAGCAGCAACGGCAGCAGCAUAGACAACAGCAGCAGCGGCAGCAGCCUCAGCGGCGACAGCAGCAACAGCAGCAACAGCAGCAACAGCAGCAACAGCAGCAGCGUCAGCAGGAGCUGGUGCUCGCAGCAGGCCUGCAGCACGGAAACUACGGAGACACCUUGGCUGCAGGCAGCAGCAGCAGCAGAAGCAGCAGCAGAAGCAGCAGCAGAGCAGCAGCUGCUGUCGGGGGCCGAUUCUCCCGGCGGCUCACCUGCUGCUGCUGCUGCUGCUGCUGCUGCUGAGCUGCUGCAGCCAGCCUCGCUGGAAGCUGUGGCUGGGGGCCCUGCUGCUGCUGUUGCUGCUGCUGCUUCCAGCGCCAGCACCAGCACCACGGCUAGCAGCAGCAGCAGCCACCACUACCACCACCACCACCAGCAGCAGCAGCAGCAGCACAGGCAGCAGCAGCAGCAGCACAGGCAGCAGCAGCAGCAGCAAAUCAAAAGUCUCUAUCGCUCCCUAGGACUUGUCAACUCCAAAGCGAAGCAUACAGACGUUGGCCGCUCUCUGGCGGUGCAGCGCUUGCGGCAGCAGCAGCAGCAGCAGCAGCAGCAGCAGCAGCAGCAGCAGGCGUUGGAGAAGUCGCUGCAGCCGCUGCUGCAGCAGCAGCAGCAACAGAUGCAGCAGCUGCUGCACCGCACAGAUUUCCCGCAUGGAACUCUGGAGGAGCGCUGCUUCUCUUUGCUGCAGGAUCUGCAGCAGCAGCAGCAACAGCAACAGCAGCAGCAGCAGCAGCAGCAGCAGCUGCUACACCCCAACCUAAGCAAUCUGUUCGUGCCGCCGCAGCCGCAGCAGCAGCAGCAUCUGGGGGUUUCAUCAUUAAGCAGUUGCCCUGUGGGCAGCAGGUACAAGGGACACUGGCAGCAGCAGCAGCAGCAGCAACAGCAGCAGCAGCAGCUGCUGCAGCAGCAACAGCAUGACCCGCGGCAGCGAUUUAAUGGCAUCCGGCAGCAAUCAUUUGGCGCCCCCCUAAAUUACCUGGGCCUCAACGGUGCAGCAGCAGCAGCAGCAGCAGCAGCAGGCAUGGGUCCCGCCUGGAUCCAGCAGCAGCAGCAGCAGCAGCAGCAGCAGCAGCAGCAGUACCCCUCUUACCCAGAAGACUGCGCGACGCUUCCGCGCCUGAAUUGCGGCCGCCGCAGCAGCCCUGACGGAGCUUCCCUGUAUGGCUGCUUGCAGCUGCAGCAGCAGCAGCAGCUGCAGCAGCAGCAGCUGCAGCAGCAGCAGCUGCAGCAGCAACUGCAGCAGCAGCUGCUGCUGCCAGGAGGCCUCGGUGGCUGCAGCAGCGCGAGAGGGCCUUCGGGGCCCCCGCAGCUGCCCAACCAGUGCAACCCUUACCUAUGCGCGCCCGCAGCAAGCAGCAGCAGCAGCAGCAGCAGCAGCAGCAGCAGCAGCGGCAGCAGCAGCAGCAGCAGCAGCAGCAGCCUUGCGUGGAACUCGAAUGCGGGUAGGAGCGCCUCUAAUUUAGCUUUUAUUCCUUUUGCUGCACCUUACUUGCCAGGGGGUGAGCCUGGAGAUGCUGCUGCUGCUGCUGCUGCUGCUGCUGCUGCUGCUGGGGGUGCUCCGCAGGCAGCGCCGCCGCCGCCGCCGCAGCAGCCCCCGGCGCCUCCGGCGCCUUCGCAGCAGCAGCUGCUGCUGCUGCAGCAGAUGCAGCAGCAGCGCGAGGAGCAGCGGCUGCUGCAGCGCGACUAUCUCUCUUCAGGCCUCAUGGGCAUCUCAGCAGCAGCAGCAGCAGCAAGAUGGUCCCCUGCCCCCGCUGGAAGCAGCAGGGCCUUUCUUGCUCCCGCUGAGGCGGCAGCAGCAGCAGCAACCACUGCAGCAGCAGCAGCAACAGUUACUGCUGCAGCGGCCACUGCUGCAGCAGCUGCAGCUGCAGCAGCUACCGCGCCGCCCAACGGGGACCGCACUGAAGAAGCAGCGAGCAGCAGCUGCAGCAGCGGCUGCAACGGCAGCAGCAGCAGCAGCAGCUGCGACCGCUUCAGCAGCAGCUGCGACAGCUUCAACAGCAGCAACACCAGCUGCAGCAGCAGCAGCAGCAGCAGCAGCAGCAGCAGCAGCGGUGAAGCAGCUUUUAGUGAUUCUGGGGACCCCCCCGCAGCUGAGGGGCCCCACACUUGCAGUACUAAAGAGAAGAGCAACACGUUGGAGGUUCGCUUAGCUGCUGCUGCUGCUGCUGCAGCAAGAGCAGCAGCUGCUGCUGCAGAUAGUGCAGUGGGCGAGGCGGGCUGA